UGAAGAAAAAGCCUAACACCAUUUGAUUGAACGUUUCGUCUCAGGAAAAAAUCGUCAUCAAGCUGAAGAAGUUGCAACUCGUAUUUUUACAUACUGACCAUCAAAAACGUUGAUGAAGAGGAGGAUUGUCUUUUUAUUUUUACUGCUCACGCAGUCUAUUUUAAUAGUUUCCUCGCUACGGGUCUGCACGCGAAGACAUUAUAAAGUACAUUCAAAUGCCAUAUUACAAAGAGUUGAACUAGAUUCGGCUGAAAGAUGCGUAGAACGAUGUAUAGAAGAUAUGCAGUAUUGUUUUCUUGCUCAAUUUACAAAAGACGAAAAUGACUUUCUUGGACUCUGCACACUGUUUAAUCAAACCAAGGAUGCAGAAAUUCAUCCAGAUGAUACACUUUCCCCGUUGUCUAUUAUUUACGAACUUCUUGAUAAAUGCCCACCGUUUACUGCAAGUGAUAUUACUCAUAGAAUAUCGAAACUUCACAGAGACGCAUUGUCGGAUGGAAGGGAAUCUGAAAAUGAUAAUAAGGCCAGACUUGCGGAUGCCUUUUUCCCAGAGAACAGAGAUCACGUAGGAUCAGAUGAUGAGUUCAAAUUGGAAGGUGAACGCUAUGCGGUCAUGCGAAGUAUUGAAGAAGUAGAAAUUCAAGCGGCCAAAAAUCGAGAAGAACUACCACGAGAUCCAUUUAGUGAUGGUCCACGUUUUCACCAAUCUUCGCAUGAACGAGACCGUGGUGAUGAUACGGAUCGGCAAAGAGAUCGAGAAUAUUUGAAAACCAUCGACUAUACCGAAAAAUCCGAAAGACCAAUCCAUCCAACUAUUAUCCAUCGCGGACAACAGUCUUCCCAACAAAUGAGUGCUUCGCCGGUUGCGUCGGGGAACCCUUGCUUGCCGAAUGCGGCUUGUGCUCGCACACUUUAUCAGAUGGAUACCGCGCCUUGCCCGGCGCGUCUUGGGGACCCGUGUGCACCAAAAAGGCCAUGCAUGAAUGACGACUGCUACCAUGUUGCUCCACCGGGACAAGCUGCUCCGCCAGUUGUCGAAUGGACAGAAUGGUCCGAAUGCUCAGCAAGCUGUGGAAUAUCUCUUCGCACACGUCAAUGCUUAGGUGGUAUAACUUGCAUUGGUCCGUCCACAAUCCCAUGUCAGGUCCCAGAAUGUGCAGUGUGGACUCUAUGGAGCCCAUGGUCUCUUUGUACAGCUACAUGUGGUGUCGGAGAAAUCCAACGAAACCGUGUCUGUCAAACCGGUAGAAACUGUGAUGGACCAAGUGUGGAAGUUGAAGCCUGCAAAGCGUUACUCCCGUGCCCAACUUGGUCUUCCUGGAUGUCAUGGACUGGUUGUGGCAACUCAUGUGGGAAAAGCAUUGAAAGACGGUCACGAAUCUGCCAGAAUGGCCUACUUUGCCCUGGACCGGCAACGGAAGAAAGAACCUGUGACAAGAGACCGUGUCCUCAUUGGAGUAACUGGGGACAAUGGGAAAAAUGUAGCAAAGAGUGUGGAGCUGGACAUACGUACCGUAACCGUGAAUGUAUCGAUGGUGUAUCGUGUGAAGGGGCUUCAGAAGAAAAAAUCCUGUGCAAUCAACAACCCUGCCCAGAAUGGUCACAAUGGACUGCGUGGACGGUUUGUGAUGAACGAUGUGGAGAAGAAUCAAUUCGACUCAGAAACAGAAAAUGUAUGAACGCUGAAAAUAAUAAUGCUUGUGAUGGUCCGGCUCAAGACCAAAUGAGUUGUCCUUAUCGAGAUUGCCCAAAAUGGGAAGAAUGGGGCGAAUGGGCGGAUUGUUCCACAACAUGUGGUCAGGGAACUCAGAAGCGACUGAGAAAGUGUGACAGCGGAAACGAGUGUAGCGGUCCGGGAGAAGAAAUGCGUUUCUGUCAAAUUGCAUCAUGUCCGUAUUGGGGUGAUUGGACUCCGUGGAGUGGAUGCUCAGUGAGCUGUGGUCAAGGUGUCUGUGAACGAACGAGAAAAUGUAUCACUGAUGAGUUUUUGCAACUUCCAACUUUAGAAGAAUUGGAACGAGAUGAUUCACUUGAAAAACACGAAGCCAAAGAAGCCCUCAUUGCUCGCGCAAAAACAAUUUCAAAAUAUCGUCGAACAAAUGAGACUAGGUUAUCUCCUUUCCGGCCGCUAAGUCCGGAACCACAGCUUGGCGGCACAUGUGAUGGACCUGAAAUGGAGACAAAAGUUUGCGAUGCAGGUCCAUGUUGUGUUUGGAAUAGAUGGACAGAAUGGUCGCCAUGCAUAGGAUGUGGGAAUGAGGGUAUAUCCAAACGUAAUAGAGUCUGCUCCAUGGAAGGACAAUCACCCGCGCCACCUCCAAUUAGUUUUCAAGAUAAUCCUCGAGGGACCUAUGUUACUGCGUCACUCGGCCAAGGGCCAAUUGGACCAAAUAUUCUUCCUGGUAUGAGUCCAAUUGUACCUGUCGAGAUACAUAGAGGAAAGCGACAAGUACUAUUCGGAAUACAAGCAACACCAAAAUGCCACUGCCCCGGUGACACUUUUCAGACACGACCAUGUCUAGAGCAAAAUGCUUGCCAAGAUCCUGUUGGCAAAUGUGAAUGGUCAGAGUGGGGUGAAUGGUGUGGAUGUAUGAGGUGUAGACCUGGAAAAGAAGUUCGACGCCGGUUCUGCGAUAGAAGCCCAAUUGGACGAGGAGGUCCUAUGCGGCCAGAUUCUACUUGUGACUGUGGAAAUGGAGAUGAUAGCCAAGAAAGGUCAUGUCCAAUGGAACAAACGUGUUAUGGAAAUGGAAUCGGUACUGGACGGUUUAACAACGCGGCAAGUAUGCAGGAUGCCAGAGAACGGCAAAAUUUCAGAGGAAGAACUGGAUCAUUUUAUAACACCGCAGCUCCUCAACGUGAUCGUACAAGUUAUAACAGUAACAGGAGACCUUCCCAUUCUCGUAGUCAAGAUGAAUACGUUCCUAUUGAUUCCGUUAUUGGCCGUGUUCAGGUUUGUCACUGGUCAAAAUGGUCAGAGUGGAGCCGAUGCCACGACAAUUCAACGCGAGAGAGAAAACGGUUCUGUGUUGGAGAAAAAGGCUCAGAAUUAGUGAGCAAUUGUGAGUGUCUUGGAAAACCUCACGAAGAAGAGCCCUGCAACGCAACUGGGUUCAUAGAGCAGAGCAACGAAGAAACAGACAGAGAAAUUGAGAAUAACUUGGACAAACUUCUUGAAGAAGAUAAUGCUGGUGGAGACGUAGAGCUACACAAAAAAAAAGAAGAACUCAAAUCCAAAGUUGAGAGUGCAAUUGGAACUGUUCAAUGUGACUGGACAAGGUGGUCCCAGUGGAGUGUGUGUACGGCGUCUUGUGGCGAAGGCCGACGAAUGAGACGAAGGCGCUGUCCAUGCGGUGAGUCAAAGUGUGGAGCUGGAGUUGAUGCAGAUUCGGAGCCAUGUGUGAGCCCGCCCUGCCAAGCUGGACACUCGGAAAGACGAAAGCCAAUUUUCACGAUUCUCCCAUCUUCCACUAAAUAG